UUGAGGUUUCACACUAGAAGGUGCUUCAGGAUGUCUUCAUUACAUUUUGCCAAUCGACACAGGAAAGAUUUAAGUACUAACAUGAUUAGAACCAAAAUUGCUCACAGGAAAUCACUGUGCCAGAAAGAAAACAGGCAUAAGGAAUAUGAGCGAAAUAGACACGUUGGUUUGAAAGAUAGCAACAUUCCAAUCUUGGAAAAUAGAAUUCUUGCUCCAUUAGAUGAGACAUCUCAACUUGUUCCAGAAAAGUCCAGUGUCAAGCCAAGAUCUGCUAAAAUUAUCCUAGAUCAACGGAAAGAAAUGCUAAAUAAAUACAAAGAAGAAAAGCAGCUUCAAAAACUGAAAGAGCAGAGAGAGAAAGCUAAACGAGGAACAUUUAAAGUGGGCCUUUAUAGACCCGAUAGGCCUGAUUUUCUUUUGUCUCUUUCAAAACCAAAUACUGUGACUGCUGAGCCCAAAAAGACUAUUUCCUCUUCUGUACGUAUUACAAGGUCAAAGGCCAAAGAGCAAAUGGAGCAGACUAAGAUACAUAAUGGGAGGACUUUUCAAACAAUCCAUUCUGGUCAGAGACCAACUUCUGAGAAGAAAGUGUUGGAGAAAGAGAAGAAAGCUGCACAGCUUGUAGUCCCUACAGCAGUGAGAAUGACUCGAUCAGCUACUCAGGCAGCAAACCAGGUUGGCAGGGCAGUCUCAUCUACCACAAUAAGGAAGCCGGUCUCAAGAGCUACGAAAGGUAAUGAACUAGAAAGAAAGUCACCAAAUAAAGGAAGAUCUGUCAAAAAGACAGAAACAAAACCUGACAAGGACAUUGCCUUUAAAGUUAAUAAUGAAGAACACACAUUGAAUUCACAAACAAGCCCGACAAAUGAAAUAGAUCCAGAUGGAAUUGUAUCCAAAGAAGAAAAUGUACCUCAGACAAACACUGCAAACAUGAAAGGGAGGAAUUCCUUUGCACCUAAAGAUUUUAUGUUCCAGCCACUGGAUGGUCUGAAGACCUAUAAAGCAGCAUCCCUGAUUCCCAGAAGAGCCCAUGCUUUCUCUAUUCCUAGUUACACCUGGUCUCCUCUAACGGCAGAAGUUGACGAGACUGAAGAGAUGACAAAAGAAAUGGUGGCACAAAAAUGUGAAACUCAUUCUGCUGAGACAAUGCGGCCAGACUCAAAUACAGGGCAGUGUCACCCGAGUGCUCCACCUGUUUGUAAAGAAGAACAGGUCUUAACUGAAAAAGAAGCUACCACGAAAACCUCAAAUGGCCUCCCAAUAAAGGAGGUCUCAUCACUUGAGACAAAUGAAGGCCAGGUGUGUCAGCCGCAACAUGAUGUGCCAUAUUUUAGAAAUAUUCUCCAGUCAGAAACUGAAAAAUUAACUUCACACUGUGUUGAGUGGGACAAGAAGAUUGAAUUGGACAUUCCAGAUGAUGCUAAAGAUCUUAUUCGCACAACAAUUGGUCAAACAAGACUUCUUAUGAAGGAAAGGUUCAAGCAGUUUGAAGGACUUGUGGAUGAUUGUGAAUAUAAACGAGGCGAAAAAGAGACUACCUGUACAGAUCUGGAUGGAUUUUGGGAUAUGGUUAGUUUUCAGAUAGAUGAUGUAAACCAAAAAUUCAACAAUCUAAGGAAACUUGAGGAAUCUGAGUGGCAACACCGUAAUACAAGCAAAAAAGUUGUUCGGAAAAAAGUUGUGUCAAGUACAGCCAGUAAACCAAAACAGGAUGAUGAUGGAAGACUUGCAGCUAGGAAUCGCCUGGCUGCCAUAAAAAAUGCGAUGAGAGAAAGACUUAAGCAGGACCAACAAGCUGAGGCCGCAGUCUCUGUAGUACCAAAGGAAGUUGAUACAAUAGUAUUUGAUGCUGGAUUUUUCAGAAUUGAGAGUCCAGUGAAAUCAUUCUCAGGUCUUUCUAUCUCUUCUGAGCGUCGUUCUCAAAGACUUAGAACACCUAAAUCUGUCAGCAAAACUAUGUCUCAGAGUAGGGCUGAGAUGAACCUUCUAAGGCAAACUACGGCACCAGAAAAUCAUGCUCUUCAGAGUACCAGAAGUGAACAACAAAGUGUUGAUAAGAUUUUGUUUUCAAAUACUCCUGACAACAGAAACAGCAUGGUAGAAGAUGCCCAGUGUCCAGGAUUACAGCAUUUAAUUGAAGUAAACCAUGUGAAUAAGAUAAACUUUGAGAUGGAUUGUUUACCCACUGAAAGAAUGAACUUGCCUCUAGUUGCUGGCAAAGUGGCAGACAAUAUUAAUAUUAAAAAAAUAGACGACAUUUCAGAUGUCGUGGAAGGAAUGGAACUGAAUUCUUUCGUUAUAACGCAAGAUGCUAUGAUGAGUAGCCCUGAAAAAUAUAUAACAUCACAAAGUAACUUCUCACAGGAAGAAGAAACCAAAAUUUCCCAAAGUUUACUGUUUGAUAAUAAAAUUCUCACUGCUGAAUGUCAUCUUCUUGAUUCACCAGACUCAAAUGGCAGUAACCCGUUGACUCAGCUGGAGAGGAGACAUCAAGAACAUGCCCGGCACAUUUCCUUUGGUGGUAAUCUGAUUGCCUUUUCACCUCUAAGGCCCCUCAGUAGAGGACAACCAGAAGAAGUUUGA